CGCUCUCGAUGACUCCAGAUCUAUGGCAGAGUCUCAUUCCGUUCACCUGGCAUACGAAACACUCGCCCUUGUAUCAAAGGCUCUGAGCCGGCUGGAAGUGGGCGACGUCGCCAUAGCCAAGUUCGGCGAGUCAGUCGAUGUUCUUCAUGGCUUCGACAGCGGACCUUUCACAGACCAGGCAGGCAUGCGAAUCGUGAGCGCAUUCCAGUUCGACCAGAAGGCUACGCAGGUGCUUUCGCUCGUGGAGACGAGCCUUCGGUUGCUAGAGCAGGCUAGAGAAAGACGAUCUAUGAGCUCUGCCACUGCCGCAGAUCUGUGGCAACUUGAGAUCAUCAUCUCAGACGGCAUGUGCCAAGAUCACGAGAAGCUCCGUACUGUCCUGAGGAAGGCGGAAGAAGAACGGGUCAUGGUCGUGUUCAUCAUCUUGGACUCUCUGCAUGCGCGGAGUUCCUCUGACAGCGGCAAUGCCAACCAGAAUUCCAUUCUCUCGAUGAAUCAAGUCGCAUACAAGAACAUAGAUGGCCGCCUGGAUCUCCACGUCGAACGGUAUCUGGAUAGCUUUCCUUUCGAGUACUAUGUCGUCUUGCGAGAUGUUGAGGCGCUACCUGAGGUGUUGUCGGGUACAUUGAAACAGUUCUUCGAGAGAGUCACGGAGCAGUAAUUAUUUGAGAUCGUAGACAGCCAUAUACAUGUUAUAUUAUCGCGAUUGAGGUUCUACUAUCCUCAUAUUCCCUAUCA